UCGACACCUCACGCUUGACCCCUCCUUCUUGAUCCCUCCCUCUGUAUCUCGAAUUUCUCUCGACUACGCGGCAAGCUGCAAUGAGUAUGGUAACGUCAAGACGCCCAGAUGCGAGAUAUGCCUGAACAUAUCGCAUUUCCGCACCAAAAUGCGACACCUGGGUUUGUGUGCCGGAGAACGCCGACAGCAUACCACCUGACCUCACCGUCUUGCCGUGAGAUACCGUCUGCGUCGCUUCAAGCUAUAUGAACAGGCUCACAUCUGAACAGAUGCUUCUCGGCACCUCCCACACACACACAUACGUGCUCAUGACAAAGCCACAGCUCACGUACACGCCGCAACACGCCACUUUCGUCGCCGAGGUCUCUGGCGUCGACUGGACAAACAUCAAUCAGGAGCUCGCAGACGAGCUCAAAUCCGGCCUGGCGAAGUACGGCGUCUUGGUGUUCCGUGACACGCCACUAACGGACGACACACAUGUCGCGCUCGCACGCCUCUUUGGCCCACUGGACGACGUGACGCCCUACAACAAGCUCGGCCGCAUCAAUCGACUCAAGUAUGACGAGUUGUUCGACGUAUCAAACGUCGACGCAGACGGCAACAUCAUCCAGCCUGAGUCCCUGCGGGGUAUCAUGGGCAAGGGCAAUACCCUCUUUCACGUCGACAGCUCGUUCAACCCCCGCCGCGCCGGCCUGUCGAUGCUGCUAGCACACGAGCUACCCCCUCCCGGUACCGGCGGCAACACCGAGUUCGCAGACACGCGCACCGCAUACGACGAGCUAACUCCCGACGUGAAAGCGCGGAUCCAAGACUAUGUCCUCUGGCACUCUCAGUUCCACAGCCGCCGGCGCGCAAGCCCCGGGCACCCGCUGCUCGACGAGCCGCGCUUCCUCCCCGAAUCCCACCCCUUCGGAAAACACCGCCUCGUGCAGACACACGAGGCGUCGGGCCGCACGAACCUCUACAUCGCGAACCACGCGUACCGCGUCGACAGCCUGCCGAUCGCCGAGGGCCGCGCCGAGAUCGACCGCAUCCUCGCGCACUGCACCCAGCCGCGGUACGUGCACGUGCACGAGUGGCAUGCGCCCGGCGACCUCGUGAUCUGGGACAAUACGUGCGCCAUGCACCGCGCGUGUACGGGCGCGUAUGAGGGCAAGUACGCGCGCGACAUGCGGCGCGCGACGGUGCACGACACGAGCGCACAGGCGUGGGGCCUCAACACCGUGGGCGAUACAUGGCGCUCGGGGCUGCCGUAGGCUGAUGGUGUGAUCAGGUCGUUCUGUCGGAUAUACGGUUCAAUAGUCCCGCCGCGGAGUGGGCCAUGCCCACUCGCGGAGAGAGAUGCGCAGACCAUGCAUUGCAGAGUGGGGAGC